GAUGCUGGCAGAGAUUCACCACCUGGCAUUUCGAACACAAUUUAUUGCUUAGUGUGUGUAGUGCUAAAAAAUAAAAACAUACGUUUUUGUAACAGGAUUAUUGUUUAACAAUCUUACUAUACUAUAAUGUUUAUUUUCCAGUAUAUAAUUACAAAUGGACUUUUACUGCUAGCCAAAGGUUCCAGCCGUAUUAUUGAGUCACGACUCACGUACGUCACGCAAUGUUGAGGUGACAAGUAUUUGGUGUGUGUCUACUCCCUACUGCUAAAUAUGAUGAAGGAAUAUGAUCUCCAUGCUUGCAAAGCAGGGGAGAAAAUAUGGAAAUGUCCAAUUGACACCUGCACAAAAAUUCUCACUCGCAAACAAACUUUGCAGACACAUAUUUCAUGUAUGCAUGGUAUAACAGUUGGAAACCCAAGAAAACGUUACAAACUGUAUGAUGUCGACGACUCAGUACCUGUGCCAUAUUCUACUUUACAUCGCCAAAGGAAUAAACAGAAAGAAGACAAAUGUGAAAAUCAAAUAACAAAUAGUGCCGCUGCAGUGUUGUUCAAUGAAAGCGUUUCUGAUGAUAACAAUAUGGAGGAAAGUGAGAUGGAUGAAGUGAUGAUAGAGUGUCAAGAAGAACAGCUUAUGUCAACUGAUAGCAGCUCAGAAGAAGAAAAUGAACAGUUCUCUUCUUUGAACAAUUCUAAAGAUGAUCCUCCACUUUAUGUUCUUCCACCAUCAAAUGAGAUGUAUGAAAGUGAACUCACCCAAUCAAAGCACUCGCUGUCUUUAGCUGCCUUUUCUACUAGACACAACUUGUCUGAUACUGCUUUAAACGAUUUGUUGACACUUAUACAACUGCAUUUGCCACAGAAUAAUGUUGGUGAAACAACCAUUAAAGAUUUGAAAGAAAAGUGUGGCUUCAACAAAAAUUAUAUCACUUGUAAACUGUACUGCGACUUGUGUAAAAAGGUGUAUUUAGAUACCACUGAUACAUGUCAAACUCCGGGAUGUGAGGGAUUGAAAAAUGAUUCAAAAAGUUGUAAAUACUUUGUUACUAGUGACUUGAAAGCACAAAUGAAAGAAAUUCUUGAGCGGAAAGGUAUGUGGGAAGCUAUUGCACUAACAAAAGUUGCCAGUGCCACUGUCACAAUAAAUGAUAUCACUAGUGGAUUUGCUUACAAAAAAAUGCAAGAAGAAGGACAGUUUCUACACAACACUUCUAAUGUUACUCUAAGUAUGUUUACCGAUGGAAUACCUCUCUUCAAAAGUUCUGGAAUAUCUUUAUGGCCUGUCUAUCUCUUGAUAAAUGAAAUUCCAGCAAGGGAAAGGUUUUUGAGGAAAAAUAUGCUGUUGUGGGGUAUAUGGCAAGGAAAUGGAAAGCCAAAAAUGAACAUGUUCUUCCAUCCUCUACUUUUAGACCUGUUAGAACUUUAUAAUGUAGGUAUCCCAAUAGUAAUUGAAUCUAGAACAAUGUGCGUGAAAGCCAUGGUAGUUGUUUUAACUAUGGACCUUCAAGCAAGAUCAUAUGUUACUAAUAUGACCCAACAUAAUGGUGAAUAUGGCUGCUUGUACUGUGAAGAACCUGGUGUUGUGGUUGAAAGUGGUAAAGGUCGUUGUCGAUCAUAUCCUUUCAGGGAUUUCCCAGCAAAGCUUAGAGAGGAGGAUGAAUUGAAAGAAUAUGCUAUGCAAGCCGAAGAAACUGGAAGUCGUAUUAAAGGAAUUUUUGGAAGAAGUGUCCUUAGCUAUUUACCGUAUCUAUCAUUGACAGACAGUGUAGUAAUUGAUUAUAUGCAUGGUAUUUUGCUAGGAAUUACAAAGAAGUUACUUCACCUAUGGUUUGACUCAGAAAACAAGACCAUGCCAUUCUUUAUUGGAAAUAAUGCAGUGAAGAUAGACAAAAUACUCAGGAACAUUAAGCCACCAUACAGGAUUCAUAGAUUGCCAAGGAUUAUAACAAAUACAUUCAUGCAUUGGAAAGCAUCUGAAUUAAGAAAUUGGCUUCUAUUCUAUUCACUUCCAUGCCUACUUGAUUAUUUACCAGAGCUUUAUUUGAAGCAUUUUUGCUGUCUGGUUGAAGCAACUUUCAUUUUACUAGGUCAGGGUAUUACUUCAUCAGAUUUAGAAAAGGCUGAAAGAUUAUACAAGUUUUUUGUACAACAAGCUAGUACUUUGUAUGGUAAUAAUGUGCUGAGUCUUAAUAUGCACAACCUGACACAUAUAGUUGAUUGUGUAAGGAAAUGGGGUCCACUUUGGGCUUGGUCUUGUUUUGCAUAUGAAUCCUUUAAUGGCGAAAUUAAAAAAGGUGUACACGGCACUGGAAAUGUUUGUCGACAAAUUUUUUGGGCAUUUCAGGCUCAAAAACGUAUCUUUCAUACAAUGCAAAAUUUUGAUUUUACAAAAGAAGGGAAAUUUAAAGAAUUUAUGGAAGAUAUGCUAGACAGCAAUGAUAAGAAAGUUGGUCAUGAUGCUUACCAAUGCAAAGUAGUUAAAAUUACUGAUGUCAAAGAAAACUUUGAACAACAAAUUCAUUUAAAACUUAAAGAUUUAAUUGAUUUUGAUAAUGAUCUAGAUUUUUCUUAUGUGUCUAAAAUUGUUCGAAAUGGAUUUUUCAUGUACUGUCUGACCAAGUCUAAGACUAAGAAACAAAAUUCUUAUACAAUAGCAUUAGAAAAAAAGACCCCAUUAGGUGAAAUUGCCAUUGAAGUUCAGAGAUACCUUUUUCAUAGAAAAACAGGCAGGGUUUUUGCUGUUGGGAAAAUGGUAACUGAGGGGGGACUUGUUUUAGGGACAUGUGUUCCUCAUCUACAAGUGAUGAAUGUCAAAAAUGAGGUCAGUGUGGUCAGAGCAUGUGACCUUAAAGAACCAUUAUUUGUUAUUAAGACAGAUAACCGAGUGUAUGGAGCUCUGUUCCCUAAUCAUUUUGAAAGGGACUAAAUUUCUAAAAAGUAAAAAGACGAUAAAGUAUUCAUGUACUCAAUACUUUAUAACAGUUAAAAGGGCACUCUCAUGCAUAAAUUUCAAAUAAACCAAAUGUUACCCUACAUGUAUGUUUAAUUUUUUUACUUUGUAUGUUUAAUUUUUUUACUUAUUUUAAAAUAAGAAAUUGUUUUUUCACAUGUCUUCAAUAAGGACUUUUCAAUGAAAAAUAUUUAUAUAGGACCUCACAUUGCUUGUCAUAUAACAAGUUUAAGAAGAUAUAAUUAUUUGGACACGUUAGAUUAGAUAUUUGAAUGAUAUAUAAUAAUGACAUCAAAUGUGAUAUUCUUUUUUCAUCACAUGACUAAAGGCAGUAAAAUCAAACUUGUUUUUAUGUUAUAUGCAUGUUUUUGUAUGCCGUUUUUCUUAAUUUUUGAUUACAGGUAAAGGUGAAAAUAUGUGAUGACAAUUUUAUAUUAUAUGUUAAACAUGUAUAUUAAAUAUAAGGUCUAUAAUAUGUCAACAUCAUUCAUCUGUGUUAUGCAAUGAAUUGAGAAGAUUGUAUAAAAUAAAUGUACAUGUAUACAUUUGGUAUUAUUUAAUAAUUAUAUAUUAUAAAAUACAUAAAUCAAUAAAUG